AUGGUCGGCACCGCGGCCACACCACUGGCACGGCAGGACGCGUUGGGAACACGCCUCCAACUGCACGUCUAUUCAGAUCGUCUACUCAACGCGGCGGAUGCGUACGACCACGGUGCUCGUCUGGACGGACUCACACUACGGUGGCCGCCCACGGGGCAGCCGACGCUGGACUCUGCACGUGCCACCGGGUGCAUCAUGCACACUGCGCCUGCUGAGUGCGAGACCGCGCCUCCUCCAUGGCAAACACUACACCACCAGUCGUUUCCGACACAGCAGGGCCACUCCACCAGACCCAUUAACCUACCAGCCGGGGACGGCAGUGUCCACCACGGGGGUACACCUACGGCACAAGGUAGCUGGGCAGUGCAACAUGGCGCGACCAUUGUCUACGGCCGCACUUACUGCAACCCCGAGGACCUCUCCUCAACACGUUGUGAAUCACACGCGAUCAUAGCUGGCAACGUUCUCGGCCACGAUCUCGGCACACAGAUAUGUGACAAUACGAGCGCUGGGGCCAUCCACCGCGCCGCACGCCGUCGGAUGCUGAAACCGUGGCCGAUCCGAUACAGUCACCCUUUCUGCGCAGAACUCCGGGGCCUCAUGUCGGUGAUGCGUCCAUGCGGCUCUUUCCAUACUGUGUGGGUCCGAUCUCACCAGAAACAUGAACAUACCACCGACCGGCAACUGCAAGCACAACGGGAGGCACUCGCGACAGUGGACACACUGGCUACGGAGGCUCAUCACAUUGCUAUGCCCAACCCACAAACGCUUCCCAUUAUACUCGAUACUGGGCAACUCAUCGGUCAUGGGAAACACACUCCGCUGGCUAGGCAACCGGCUCGCCACGAACAAGUGGGCGACCAACAAGCGGCUUACUCCACGGAUCGCCGCACUAUACUGCCCACCGGGCUCGAAACACCAGAGAAAAAAAACGACGUGUGGUGGAAGAGGGGCCUCACACGGUUCUACUGGCGGACUAUCGCGAUGACUUUACAUACCAACGCAGCGAAACACCGGUUGGACUGCCGUUGGGGUCCGCACUGCCGACUCUGCUAUGAAAACCCGCGCGACACGGUCGGCCACCGUUUCGGGAUCUCGGCACCGACAUGCUCUGAAUCCGGCCACCUCGACAGCCGUCUCGGACACCGACUGCAUAAAACAUGCACGAUGAGCUGGCUACGGGACCAGCACAUAUACCCACCACGGAUGGCAAUUACGUUCGAUUUACCACUGGCCGAGGCAUGGCACGAAAAUGAACGGCAACGGCCCACACACAGUACAACAUACCAACCCAUGAUCAUACUCACCGGCUCCUGGCACAUGCAUGGGCUCCACCUCUCCCGACUUACGCAGCUUCCGCUCGCCAGUACCUCCGCCGGCGAACUUAUUUCCCAAAUACGGUGGGAAAACAUGCAACUCCGCGCCGGCCAAUACGGGUACAUCACACCACGAUGGCUGGGCCGUACUGCGCUAUCCGCUCAACCCCUUCUAGCACAGCGCGAAAUAUGGCUCGCACAACAAAUGGGCACGGAACAGCCCGCUACAUACAACGGCCCUUGGGACAGCUGCAGUACACGAAAGGACGACGCCCCGGCACUAGGUCACUGGUUCUGGUGGAUCGAUGUUAUACUACAAGGCCGCACCGACCAAUGGUGGAGGACACUCGCAAACGAAAUCACAACGACGGCUGCAAUGGCCGGCCCGUAUGAGUACUGGUGUAUCUACUACAAAAACUCCACCGGUCACCGCACACUGGACGCGUCAGGGGCCACGUGGAACCUGCACAUCACGGCGGGGCAACUACGAAUGCGCCACCACUCCAGAAUUACGUUCUUAUCGCCGCCGAGAUGGGCUGGGCUGACAAAUAUGAACAAGACUCCGACACACUGGGCCCACGCGCUUCAGCACUGGGGCCAAAUGACGUGGCUCAUGAAUCCACCGCGCAACACUCUCCCCAGCCCCCCACCGGCCUACACCCAGGGAAUCCGAUGGGAUGCCGAUAACGACGGCGACCCAGAAGACCCGACGUGCCACGAGGUGCACAGCUGGCUGCGAGCCAGCUUUCCACAUAUAUACCGGGCACCAGCCGCAUGGCAACGGCUCCCGACUAUGACUAACAACACACUACAAAGGGCCAUCGCACUCUCUCUCACCCCACGACUCGGCAAAGACUUUCACCGCCGAUGGUUCACUACCCAUUGGACUACACUACACGCGUACUGGACCCACACGUAUCACGAACAAUACCUAGCUACCGCACUGGACGGCGAUACCGCACUAGCACAAGCGGUCAACACCGGCAUCAUACAACGCCACCGGGCUCACGAUGACACCCCGGCUGCCAUGGACACAAACCUACGCCAAGCGAAAGCCCGCCGGACCCGUGACAUAGACACAUGGCUUGGGCAGCGGGCACAAGGCCUUAUCGACAACACCGCCGCAUCACACGACCAACAAAUCGCUACACGAACGCGACGACGCAGACCACCGCGCCGACCACCGGAAACAAGCUCUUUUGACAGGGUCAGUCGCGCCGGGCAACCGCGUCACUUCGAUUACAACCCGUUGGUGGCGGCGUUCAAGCUUGGUGCAGACCCCAAGCACGUCGUGUCACUGUGGAUCAGAGCGUCGGCGUACGUUCCGGGUGCCACACGCGAGGUCGUGGACAAACUGGCGGCGUUCAACAUGGCAAUGUUCAUUGACUUGAACGACAAGUGCUACUCGACACCUAAACCGUGGUAA